AGGUUAACAAACUGUUUUUGCCAGUGGUAACCAUCACCGAGAGGAUGCCCAGCAAAGCUCAAGAGGAUGCUGUCAUCAACCUGAAGUCUGUGCAAGAAAUGGCCAAGCAAAUAGGAUUUGAAUGGACAAUUAUUGCAUAUGAACUAGGCUUCCAAAGAAAAGAUAUAAGGCAGUUCCAAGCAGCUUCAAUUGAAAAAAAGGUGCAAGCUCAGAGAAUGCUGGAAUGCUGGUAUGAGAAAUCCUGGAACAAGGUGAAUAAGACAAAACUACUUCAAGAUGCUCUGGAAAGAGCUGGCCGAAAAGACUUAUCCGACAAACUUCGCUGUCUACACUGGGGGCAUCAGAAACUAAGCAAGAAAGUAGAGCUUCCUUCAGCUUUUCCUUUUCUCAUCACUGUGCACAAAACCAUCAACAAUAAAGACGGGCUUAAGAAAAUUAAUGAACUUCAUUGCAGUUACAAAUAGAAUCAGUAAUCAGGCUCUGGCUAUUCUGCCAGUGGCACAUUUUGCUACAUUUAACAGGCUACUAAAUGCCUUUUAAUAGAUCCUGCUUUCUGAAUGUCAUUAUGCUAGCUAUAUUUUAAGAUGUGUUCACAGAAGACUUGUAUUUUCAUUGAAUCAAACCCAUCUUAAGUCACAAUAAAUUAA